CUCCCCACUGUCCCGUCUGCUACCAAAACGGUACAACAACACAGCAGAGCAGGGAAUGGGUCAAUGUUUUAGCUUUUUUUGUGUGUAUUUAACAAUGAAACAACAAUCUUAAAUGUUUUAUAUGUAAAAAGACAGACUUCGACUUUGUUAUAUGCGGGAUUUGAACCAACUUGGACGCAUGCUAGCAGGUGACUAGUUUCCUCAUGCAGCCUCGAUAUAGGGUCGGUCAUCAAGCUUGCUACCGAAACACAAAGGUGUGACGUGACAUUGUGUGUUUUGUUCCUCACAUUUGGUCUCAGAAACCCAGAACUCCAUCUGACCCCUGAUCUCUCUCAGUCUUCAGCAUGAAGACGGACAUCCCUUACGACCAGCUGGUGGACAUGGAGGGGAGGAGAAAAGAGUCCAGCAGGAAAGGACAGGUGUACCUCAGGUGUUUGAUAGCUCUGGCCACUGUAGCUUGUGUGCUGCUGGCUGCCAUCGCCCUCUACAACCUCCUGACACCAAGUACUCGCUCCGUCCGACCCGCCCCGAGCAUCAGCCAGCGUCUGUCCCGGGUCGAGUCCUGCUCAGACCCCUGCAGAGUUGUCCUGGUGGAGAGCAUCCCUGAAGGACUGGAGUUUAACUCCAGCACCACUCAUCCCUCCAUCUUCAACACGUGGAUGAAUCUGAUGGCCGAGGCUCGCAGCAGUGUCGACAUCGCCUCCUUCUACUGGACGCUCACCAACAAAGACACCAGGACUCAGGCGCCGUCAGCCUAUCAGGGUGAGGCGGUGCUGAAGAAACUAGCUGAACUAUCGGGGACGUUAUCUGUUCGUAUUGCAGUGAACACACCUCAGGGGAGUCAACCACAGGACGACCUCAGGCUGCUCAACGACUCAGGAGCCAAUAUCAGGACGGUGAACAUGAAAGAGCUCACCACUGGCGUCCUUCACACCAAGUUCUGGGUGGUGGACAAGAAACACAUUUACAUUGGUAGCGCCAACAUGGACUGGAGGUCCCUCACACAGGUGAAGGAGCUGGGCGCUGUGGUCUACAACUGCAGCUGUUUGGCCGCAGACCUGGGGAAGAUCUUUGAGGCCUACUGGUUCGUGGGGGGAGGUCAGUCGAUCCCGUCGCCGUGGCCGACCAGCUUCUCCACCGACUACAACAAGGACACGCCCCUCCACCUGCCACUCAACAACACGCCGUCCAGCGUCUACCUGUCGAGUUCGCCUCCGUCCUUCUGUGCAACCGGCAGAACUUCAGACAUUCAGUCCAUCCUCUCUGUGAUGGAAGACGCCCAGAAAUUCAUCCACAUCGCCGUCAUGAACUACCUGCCCACCAUGGAGUUCUCAUAUCCGAAGAGGUACUGGGCCGAGAUCGACACACAGCUGAGGCGCGUGGCCUACGAGAAGCGCGUCUCUGUGAAGCUGCUGAUCAGCUGCUGGGCUCAUUCUCAGCCCGUCAUGCUUCCCUUCCUCAAGUCUCUGGCCUCGGUUCACGACCACAAAAGUAAACUGGACAUCCAAGUGAGGCUGUUCGUGGUCCCUGCCAACCCCGAGCAGAAGGAGAUUCCCUACGCAAGGGUUAACCACAACAAGUACAUGGUCACAGACAAGAUAGCAUAUAUCGGAACAUCUAACUGGUCAGGGGACUACUUUGUGAACACGGCCGGCUCAGCGCUGGUUGUCAACCAGACAGGGUCUGGGUCCGAGGAGGCGACCGUCCAGUCCCAGCUGCAGGCCGUCUUCGACAGGGACUGGGACUCUGCAUACAGCACUCCUCUCACCCAGGACUCAGACCUCAAAGACUUCUGCUAGGUUCAGCAGACACUACCGCAAAUACAGCACAUAUCAGUCUAUGUCUACAACAAGUAUUUCGUCGCACCUUUGUAGUAUUCACAUGUUGCACUUCUCUGCUGAAACAUUUGUUCAGCGGAGUAAGAUUGUCCAAGAGUGCUUGAACUCAUAUACUUCCCUGUUGGUGAUUAUUAUUAAGAGACAGUCAGAAGCUACUGCAUCGUGUUAUGAGCUCAGACAAAUCAGAAACCUACCAGUGAAGUCUAAUAUAACAGUCCAGCACUAAAUCCCCGUAAUCGUCUGUUACAAUAGAUUAUAAUGAAUCAGCAUCAGAAAGGUGAUAAAUCAACUGUAGGAUCAUUUUGGAGGAUGUAGAAUUAAACACUAAAAUAGUAGGAACCUGCGUCUCUGCACAACACAACACAAUUCAGUGGUACGACAAACCGACGCCUCUAAAGCGAAAACACAGAUGAAUCAACAGCUCAAACUAACACUGAAUACUUUUAGUGCAGGGCUGUUUUAUUAGACUGAUUUGUUUUUUACCAGUGCACCCAAGGAAACUGGGAAGUGAAGGUAUUUUUAGCUUUUUUAGUUUAGUUUCAUCAUGUAAUUAUUUCUGUUUCACUUCUUACAUCGGGUCAUUGUUCUGCUGAGUGAACAGUCUGGUUCCCGGCUGGUUCCCACAGUGGUUAAGUGGUUUUUAGUCAUGUGUCACUUUAUCAAUCUCAGUGCAUUACUUUUCACACACACACACACACACACACACACACACACAAACACACACACAUACACACAUUCCGCCUCAGUGGGAGUUUUUAUCCCGUUUCAUCUCAGGGACUAAAUUUUUUGAAGUGGUUUCUUAAACAAUGAUUUGCUGGAAUUUGUAAUAAUUAAAAUUAAAUUUUGGUGUGCCGUGCCUUUAAAACAGAGAGUUUGGAAUAAAUUUUAUAUUUAGUAAAUAAUAAUUCACUGGUUAGUGCAGAGGUGGUUGUUAAUGGGAACUGUUCUGGACACUCACAGUAUAGAUGUCAUUAUCUCCUUCCUCUGUUCUGAAAUCAUUUCCAAUAAACUGUUUUAAAUCUGG